AUGUCGUUAAGACAACUUCAUCCUCUGUUGGCGGCGAAAGCCAGAGAGGAGUUGAACGAAGAACCAACGCGUAUCGAAGAAUGUUUAAGAUUGUUAAAGGAAUGGAUUGCAGUGCAACCGCAUUUGAAAGUCAGAACAGAUGACCAAUGGCUUGUGGCGUUUUUACGUGGAUGUAAAUAUAACUUAGAUAAGACGAAAACAAAAAUAGAUUUGUACUACACGUUAAGGACAACGGCACCGGAAGUAUAUUGUAUUAAAUAUUCAGAACCAAAGAUCUAUAGAAUAUUAGAAACUGGGGCAAUUCUGACAAUGCCUAAGACCAAAGGACCAGCAGACCCCCGUGUAAUACUCUUAAGACCAGGAUGGUGUAAUCCAUCAGACUUCACUUUUAUGGAAGUGAUGGCAGUUAUGUUAUUUCAACACCAGAUAUCAUACAUGGAAGACGAUAACUUGACAGUGGCAGGGAUGGUGAACGUGGUUGACUUGAAGGGGACCUCGCUAUCGCACAUUAGACAAAUAUCAAUAUUUGAGAUAAGAAAAUUGAUAACAGUCACUCAGGACGCUGCAACUACGCGGAUGAAGGGUGUCCACAUUCUCAAUACUAUGUAUUUCUUCGAAACCUGUUUUAAUUUGGUCAAGCGUUUUCUCAACGAUAAAAUCAGAAAAAGGUUUCAGAUACACAACAAAAACUAUGAGGAAUUCUAUAAGUGUGUGCCACGAGAAGUCUUGCCUGUUGAGUACGGUGGAGAGGGUGGCACCACGAGAGAGAUUAUAGAUUACUGGAAAAGAAAAUUUAGAGAGUACGAAGGUUGGUUACGUGAAGAUUUUGAAUACAAAUCGGACGAAUCCCAGCGACGGAGAAGAUAA